GCAAUACUGCGUAACUGUGCGUAACUGAAAAAUGGCUACUCCUACAAGGGUAGCUUGGAAGAAGGUGAAACCGAUUCUCUCUCUAAAUCAAAAAGAUGCUCAUAGAAGAGUAUUACUAUUGUAUAAAGCAUGGUACCGACAGAUUCCACAAACGGUAUUGGAUUAUGAUAUCCCUAAAACAGAAAAUGAUUGUCGGGCAAAGUUGAAAGAAGAAUUUAAACGUCAUGCUAAUAUUACAGAUGUAAGGGUUAUAGACUUGCUUGUUAUUAAGGGUCAAAUGAAACUUCAGGAAGUUACCAAUAUGUGGAUACCUAAAGGAGGUCUUAUGAACUAUUGGCAGGAGACAUGGGAGCCAAAGCCAAAAGAUUUCUUGUCAAAAUUCCUUUCGGGCCAAGACUCGAACAUUUAACUUCGGUCAGUAUGCUAAGUAUGGAUAAAUACUCAUGAGUAUUUGUAGAGUAAAUUGUGUAUAAAUUAUCUGAAGAAUGUAUAUAUAUAUACAUAUAUUGUACACCAGAAAUUGCAAAAUAAAAGUGAAAAGGGGA